GUUUCAGUUCUGGAAGUUUAAAACCUUAGGACUUUAUCUCUCCUCUCUCAACAACCUAAGACCCAGUUCUCCGGCCAAUAUCGCCGGGAUCUGGCCGACAAAUCCUCAAGGGAAAUCUUUGGGGAUUAUAUAAGGUUAAGAGCCAGAAGUAGUUUAUUAGUGAAGUUGUUUUAGUUGACACAAAAACCAUGUUCCUUUUUUUUUUUUUUUUGUCAAUCUUUUCUGGGUUUGGUUCAGAUAUUAAAAAUCAGUGUGGUGGAAUAGUAUAAGAUGGUGACAGAGUUAGGUGCUUUUAAGGUUAAGUUUAUGGCUAUAUAAGAGUUGGGUUUUGUUAUUUUAAUGCCAAAUGUUUUAAGAAUCGAGAAAGGUUUAGACUUUCAAGGAGGUUUGAUUAUUUAUGAGCACCUCGUGGGCUGAUAACAUUUACUAUAUAUAUGUGCUUAGAAUAAUCUGUACUUGAGACAGUUUAGACCAAAAAUUUUGAGUGAAUGUUCUUAAUUACCACUGUUAAAAGUUAAUUUUUAACACUGAAGCAUUCAAUAAAUAUAAGGCUUCAGUAACAAGUUUGUGCGAGUAAUUGGGUGAGUUUGAAGUGGAGGGAAGUAGUAUUGCAACAAUGUGUAGAGCGGAGGGUUAUGAUCAGAAGUGUGGUUAUAGGGAGGAAUGUGAGGUGGGAUUCAAGUUUUUGAGUGAAGUUAAGGUUGGAAAAUCGAAGAGGUUUAUGGUUUUGAGGCCUCGAAUGAAGCUGUUCAUCAUUCGGGCGAUAACAAUUAUGCUGCUUUGUGCUUGUGUUGUUCAGUUGAUGGCUCUGGGAGAGGCGUGGGGGCCAAGAGUGUUAAAGGGUUGGCCUUCUUGUUUCAGUCAAUCAGAAUCAGAAUUGUCUCUGCCCCUUGAAUUGUCUUAUGCUUCAAUCAAAGUUCCUUCCCCACCAAAAAGGGUAUAUAAGAACAAUGGUUAUCUAAUGGUUUCCUGCAAUGGAGGACUAAACCAAAUGCGAGCAGCAAUAUGCGACAUGGUUACAAUUGCCAGAUACUUGAAUGUCACACUUAUUGUUCCAGAGCUGGAUAAAACCUCUUUCUGGGCUGAUGCAAGUGACUUCCAUGAGAUAUUUGAUGUCGAUCAUUUUAUCACGUCGUUGAAAGGUGAAGUUCGCAUAUUGAAGGCAUUACCACCAAGGAUCAAGAAAAGACUUGAACAGAAAAAUUUAUAUUCAUUGGCACCCAUCAGUUGGUCUAACAUGUCCUACUACCUUAAUCAGAUUCUUCCUCUGCUGAAAAAGCACAAAGUUGUACAUUUAAACAGAACUGAUACUCGGCUGGCUAACAAUGGACCACCUCUUGAGAUUCAGAAGCUGCGCUGUCGAGUAAACUUCAAUGGUUUGAGGUUUACUCCCCAGAUAGAGGAAUUGGGUAGAAGAGUUGUCAGGAUUUUGAGGGAGAAGGGACCUUUCCUGGUCCUUCAUCUCAGAUAUGAAAUGGACAUGUUGGCUUUCUCUGGCUGCACACAUGGUUGCAGCACUGAUGAGGUGGAAGAACUCACAAAAAUGAGAAAUGACUAUCCUUGGUGGAAGGAGAAAGUUAUAAACUCCACCAUGAAAAGGCAAGAAGGUUUGUGCCCUUUGACACCAGAGGAAACUGCAUUAGUAUUGAGUGCACUUGGAAUCGAUCGUAACGUUCAAAUUUAUAUUGCCGCCGGGGAAAUAUAUGGUGGGGAAAAGAGGAUGGCAAGUUUGGCAGAAGCUUUUCCUAAUUUGGUCAAAAAAGAUACUCUACUGGAUCCCUUGGACUUGAGCUUUAUCAAGAACCACUCAUCCCAAAUGGCAGCAUUGGAUUAUCUUGUUUCCCUGGAGAGUGAUAUUUUUGUUCCUACAUAUGAUGGAAACAUGGCUAAAGUCGUUGAAGGCCAUCGCAGGUUUUUAGGAUUCAAAAAGACAGUUCAGUUGGACAAAAAGCAUCUGGUUGGGUUAAUAGAUCAAUACAACAAUGGAUCAUUCAGCUGGGAUGACUUCUCUUCUGUUGUGAAGGAAGCUCAUGCCAAUCGGAUGGGAAGCCCAAAGAAACGUGUUAUAAUAUCAGACAGACCAAAAGAAGAGGAUUAUUUCUAUGCCAACCCAUAUGAGUGUCUGCAACUGUUGGAUGAACCAUGGAGAAUCACAUGAUGUCUCCCUUCAUGUUUGCAGCCAUUUCUACUUACCUGCUUAAUUAAUCACAGAUGGGUAUCUUAAUUCUUUCACAGUGGUUUAAAUACAGAGAAUUUGGAGUGGACUUUGGAAAUGUGUUUCCAGGGAUAUUAUAAUAUUUUCACAAUUUUGAAUAAUAAGAUUUAUGUACAUAUCGAAGACCCUUCCAUUUUUGGGGCUGAUAUUAAAUCAGCUAAAGCUAAAUUGUAAAGAGAAGUGGAGAUUCUUCUGCAUUAGUAGUUUUUGGAAUGGUUAUCUUUAA